CAACAACACCCUCAAUCCACACAAUUGCAGCCAUCAUGAAGAGAGAAGACAUCACCUACAUGGGCGCCGGCCCGGCUGCCCUCCCGACCAACGUCCUCACCACUGCCGCUGAGGCUCUGUUGAACUACCAAGACACUGGCUUGGGUGUCGCAGAGCACAGCCAUCGCAGCGAGCUGGCCUCGAAUAUCCUGAACACCGCUAAGGCUGACCUCGCCAACUUCCUCGACAUCCCUUCCUCCUACGAGAUCCUGUUCAUGCAAGGUGGUGGCUCCGGCCAAUUCGGCGCAGUCGUCUAUAAUAUCGUUUCUGUUUGGGUCGAGAAGCAAAGACAGAAGAUCGUGAAGGAACACCCCGAGAUCAGCGACGAGGAUGCGCUGAAGGAGGUUCUCAAGAAGGUCGAAUCGGAAUUGCGGUUGGACUACCUCGUGACUGGAUCGUGGUCAUUGAAGGCCAGCCAAGAAGCUGCCCGUCUCCUUGGACCCGAGUAUGUCAACAUCGUCAGUGACUCGAGAACGAUCAACGAUGGCAAGUUCGGUAAGAUCGCGGACGAGUCCACCUGGUCGUUGAGCCCCAAGGCUGCUAUGGUAUACAUGUGCGACAAUGAGACCGUCGACGGUGUCGAAUUCCCUAGCUUCCCCAAGGUGCUGGAGCCCAAGGGAACGGACAACGACCCCAUUGUCAUCGGUGAUUUCUCGUCGAACAUCCUCUCCAGACGUAUUCCUGUUGAGAACUACUCCGUCAUCUUCUUCGGAGCUCAGAAGAACCUUGGUACUCCUGGAGUUACUGGUGUGAUCAUCAAGAAGGAUCUCCUGCCCCCCGUCUCUCCUCCCGCCUCUCCCGCUAUCCUGCGCAAGCUCGGUCUGCCCAUUGCGCCCACCAUCCUCGACUACUCUGUCAUCGCCAAGAACAACAGUCUCUACAACACUCUGCCCAUCUUUGAUGUCUACAUUGCCGGUCAGGUGUUGAAGAAGCUGCUUGCCGAGUUCCCCAACAAAGUUGAUGGACAGCAGGCCGUUGCCGAACAGAAGGCGAACCUUAUCUAUCAGACUCUUGACGCAUACCCUGAUGUCUACCGGGUUGUCCCGGACAAGAGUGUCCGCUCGCGGAUGAACGUAUGCUUCCGUGUGACCAAGGGGGGCAACGUCGACGAGUCGGAGAAGGCUUUCUUGAAGGGCGCCGUUGAGCGUGGCGUUACCGGUCUCAAGGGCCACAGAAGCGUCGGAGGUAUUCGCGCCUCCAACUACAACGCGAUCCCCGAGUCCGGCGUCGAGAAGCUUGUUGCCUACUUAAAGGAGUUCGCUGCCUAAGGGUGGCUGAGAGAUCAAAAGUCAUAUCUGCACAUAAAUGGCCAUCGUAUUUUGACGAGGCCAGGCGUUUCGAGGCUAAAAGGCUAAAAGGCUAUAUACAGAGACUGAGAAUAUAGUCCCGAGCUCCUACAAUGGCUGGCUCAACCAUUAACUAUCUUGUUUUUCUCGCGAAACGGACUGCGCUGUAUCAAAUAUUAAUAUCAGAAUUCAAGGA